UGCCCGACCGAGCGCGGCCGAGCGCCGCCGAGCAGAUUACGAGAGUAGCCGAGCGCUGAGCGAGCGCUACUAAGGGGCGGGCGAGAGUUGCCGAGCGCUGUCCGGGAGCUGCCCGUGAGCCGACCGAGUGUGCCCGAGUUCUGCCCGAGUGUUUCCGAGUGUUCCCGAGCGUUCCCGAGCGCUGCCCGAGCCUUGCCGAACUAGGCCCGAGCUUUGCCGAACUAAGCCCGAGCCUUGCCGAACUAGACUCGAGUCUUGCCGAGCUCUGCCCGAGCGCUGCCGAUCUCCGCCGAGCGGCGGGGGGGAGCCGGGCCUGCAGUGGUGGCGGACGGCGAGCGCGGCCUGUGCGGGUGGUGUGCAGCAGGACUGUCCAAGCCAUGAUUGAAGUGGUGGCCAAGCUGGGCCGUGGGCCCGUGUUCCUGGCAGGGGAGGUGCUGGAGUGUGUGAUCACCUUCACCAACCCAUUGUCGGCCUCAUCCACCUCUGCCAGCAGUGAGAUGCUGGCAUGGGCCAGCGCCCAGAUCCACUGCCAGUUUCACGCCAGCGAGAACCGGGUAGCACUCCCUCCCUCUGAUGGCAGCAAACACGAUGUGCAGGCAGAGAAUGAGACCGUCUUUGUCCCCAACAGAGGAGAGCGGGGUCAGUGUAUCCUGUCCACCCCACCAAAGAUCCUCUUCUGUGACUUGCGACUGGAUCCUGGGGAGUCCAAGUCCUAUUCAUACUGUGAGACCCUGCCUGUGGAUGGUCCUCCCUCGUUCCGGGGGCAGUCGGUGAAGUACGUGUACAAGCUGACCAUCGGCUGCCAGCGUGUCAACUCCCCCAUCAAGCUCCUGCGCGUGCCCUUCCGCGUCCUCGUGCUGCACGGGCUCAAGGAUUACCAGUUCCCACAGGAUGAGGCUGUUGCACCCUCAAACCCCUUCCUGGAGGAGGAGGAGGGCUUGAAGAAAGACUCUCGCCUGGCAGACCUAGCAACAGAACUGCUCAUGGUGGCCACCUCCCGACGCAGCCUGCACCUGUACAACAUCAGCAACACUCGUGGGAAGGUGGGGACAUUCUGCAUCUUUAAGACUGUAUAUAAGAUUGGAGAGGAUGUCAUUGGGACCUUCAACUUCUCAGAAGGAGAUAUCCCAUGUCUGCAGUUCUCAGUAAGCCUGCAGACAGAGGAGAGCAUCCAGGAGGAGUUCCAACGGCGGCGGGGGCAGCCUGUCUCCUUCACCGUGCACGCCCGCCAUCAGGAGUACUGCCUGCACACAGCACAGAGCAGCUUCAGCCUGCCCAUCCCGCUCAGCUCAACCCCAGGAUUCACCACCAACAUUGUGUCCCUGAAAUGGAGGCUGCACUUUGAGUUUGUGACUUCUGGGGAGUCAGCAGGGACUUGCUUGGUUCGUGGGAGCCAAUCAGAGGCUGUCACCUGGACUGGGGUGGAGCAGAUGGAAGUGGACACCUUCAGCUGGGACUUGCCCAUCAAAGUUCUUCCCACCAACCCCAUCCUGGCUUCCUACGUAUCUCAGUUCUCCAGCACGAACUCCAUCACUAUCUGACUUAGGAGAUGUUGUUGGCUUGCAGAGCUGCAAGUGCAUGCCACCAGUGGGAAUGGCAAGCAGGACUGUCACCAGCGUGCUGUGGUGCACACAUCCCAGUGUCCCCUUGGAUCCAUCUGUGAUGUACAGGUGGGCACCAGACAUGUCUGUCCUGUCUAUGGUUGGAAAAAUGCUGCUUGAUGCAGUGUCUUGUGCUACAGCCCCCAGCUGGAGCUGGACCCUUCCUGCCUGGGUGAAGGUGCAAGUCCCAGCACUCAGCAAAAAGAAAUCUGCCUUCCCAGGGAACCGCUGAUGUGCCUUGAUCUCAUAUGGGGCUUCCAAGAAGGAAUGGCCCAGCCCAGGGAGGGGAGAGGGGAGCUCUUCCAGUGAAGCUUCAUACCACCCUUGGGUGAAGACUGUGCCCUUACAGAGACCCUACAAGCAGAGGUCUGUCAUCCAGGUGAAGCACAGUGGCCACCUGGGCUGGGUGAGACCCUGCUCUCUUGUCCUGGCAUGUGUCGUGCCUCUUGGAGAGUUACCCUACACAUGGAGUCCAGUGCUCCAGCCACCCCCACCUGGAGGAGGCAGGUGGUGGCAGGCCAGCCCUGUGCUCUGGUAUGUGCUGGUGAGCGGGAUGCAGGCCUGUACUGGGUCAGUACAAUUGUGAUGAUUCAAAACUGAGCAGCACUGAGCCCCUGGGCUGUUGUCUGCCUGGGGUCCUGGUGUGCUGUCCAGCAUCCUGCUGGUCUUUGGAUCCUUGGGGUGCUGUAAGGAAUACAUGCUGUGCAUCCAAGAGCUGGCAUGGAGAUCUCCCUGCUCAACAGCCAGCUCCCCAUUUUACUGAACUUUCCAAUGAACUUUCCUCUUUGCAUGGAAAUGUAAUAAAUAUCUGACUCU